UUUUGAUUCUUCAAAUGACAGCCGUUGAUCUUGUUUUUGUUCGCAUCCAAUGGGAACGCAAUCAAGAUACAAAGGUGCACCCGCCUUAAACCACGAGUGUGUCGUAGCGAGAUAAAACUAAAAGGUCUCGUGAUUCUAAUUACGCAUUUCAACAAGCAGGUCGUGUGCUUCCACCAUCCUUCGGUCUCGCAUACGGUGUUGCACUACUCUCUCCGCUACUUCUUCAGAGGCUCCCACUCCAACCUCCGUAAAGUAAUCUUUGUGUUUUUAUUUUUCGUAUUUUGUGUCGUUUAUUCAACUUUUUCUUUCUACAGGAAACGUAUGGUGUCGGGGGUUCAGCCUACGGGUUCAAUUCACCUUGGAAACUAUUUUGGCGCCAUUAAGAAUUGGGUUGCUCUUCAGAAUGCAUACGAUACACUUUUCUUCAUUGUGGAUCUGCAUGCGAUUACAUUACCUUAUGACACACAACAGUUAUCUAAAGCUACAAGAUCAACUGCAGCCAUUUACCUGGCAUGUGGAGUGGACCCCUCAAAGGCUUCGGUAUUUGUACAGUCUCAUGUUCGAGCACAUGUGGAAUUGAUGUGGCUGCUGAGUUCCACAACACCAAUUGGUCGGCUGAACAGAAUGAUACAGUUUAAAGAGAAAUCUCGCAAGGCGGGGGAUGAAGAAGUUGGGGUUGGCCUUCUGACUUAUCCCGUUUUGAUGGCUUCUGAUAUACUGCUAUAUCAGUCUGAUUUUGUCCCUGUUGGAGAAGAUCAAAAGCAACAUUUGGAGUUGACACGCGACUUAGCUGAACGGGUUAAUUAUUUAUAUGGAGGAAGAAAGUGGAAGAAAUUAGGCGGUCGAGGUGGUACUAUAUUUAAGGUUCCCGAGCCCCUUAUACCUCCAACAGGAGCCCGAAUUAUGUCCCUAACUGAUGGCCUGUCUAAGAUGUCAAAGUCUGCCCCUUCUGAACAAUCUAGAAUUAAUAUUCUUGAUUCUAAAGAUCUUAUAGCAAACAAGAUCAAACGCUGCAAAACUGAUUCAUUUCCAGGCUUGGAAUUUGACAACUCUGAGAGGCCUGAAUGUAACAAUCUUCUUUCCAUAUACCAGCUUAUUGCAGGAAAGACAAAAGAGGAAGUUGAGCAGGAGUGCCAAAACAUGAAUUGGGGCACAUUCAAAGUUCUUCUAACAGAUGCCUUGAUUGACCAUUUGCAUCCCAUUCAGGUUCGCUAUGAGGAAAUCAUGUCAGAUUCAGGUUAUUUAGAUGAAGUUUUGGCACAAGGUGCUAGAAAUGCAGCAGAUAUAGCAGAUAAUACACUUCAUAAUGUUUACCAAGCAAUGGGAUUUUUGAGGAGACGGUGAUAAUUGAUACCAAAUGGAUUAAGAUUGGCGAGAGUCGAGACAGCAAGUUAACUUUUGGAUGAUUCAUGAUCGGCCUCAAAAUUUUGAAGUAAUCAUAUGGCAUACUUUACUAGUGGAAAUUUAAAGAUUAUUUAAUGCAAAGUCUAAAGGUCCCAUAAGUUCGUGGAUCAAUGGGGCUUUCUAUCUCUUGCAUUUAUUUUAUUUUUUUAAAUCUCUUCCAUUAUUUAUUUGUAUUUUAUAAUGAAUUCGCCAAAUUGAUAAAUGGUUUCGCCAUUGUUUUUGAUGGAGACACACGAUCUCGCUGUCUUU